AGUGUGUUAUGUUCAUAAGUAGGAUCAGGAAACAGUCAAAAUGAGCCACUACCCGACGGAGGAGGAGGAGUUCGAGCUCAUGUAUAAUGAGGAGCUUGAAAUGAUGGACGAAUUGAAUCAUUAUGAUAACAUCACAAGAACGGAGCCCCAGCCAUGCUCCUCGAAGUCACUGACUCAAAGCACUUUGUCCAGCCCCCAUUUAUCUCAAAUCCCACACGAGGCAGCAGGAGGCGGAGCUCCUGUGAACCGAAGACUCUUCGGGACACCUGCCGCGGCUAAGCGAAUUUCCUCGACGCCUCUCCCCAAGUCAGAUAGCUUCGAAAUGGCACCUCUGGACCCGCUUACAGAAAUACAGAAUAUAGGAAUCAGUCGCAAACGACGGCUCGAGGACUUAUUCGGGGACAUCCGCGACAUUGAGAAGGAGCUGGAGCUGGAAUGCAACGAAGCGAAAAAGAAGAAAAGUGAAGAGGAAAGGGACCUGGAACUGAUUGAAAAGAUCGUUGAGGCUAGGAGGAGGGCGAGGGAGAUACACAACCCGCUCAAGGUGGAUGCAGUCGAUCGCUUGAAUAAGAUCCAUUCGUUCAAUAUGCAGAACUUAUCGAGCAAUGUUCCGAAAUGGCCCUUUAUCGCUCUAUCGCACAAUGGAAUGGACCGGGUCUACGUGAGGCGACACUCAGAAGAACACGAAACCAAGGAAAUCAACGAAGUGGAUACGUUCAACAAAGGCUUCGGUGGCUUGUUGGGUGAAUCUAAGGUGUCGGUUUGGAAUGAAGCUCGCGAAUUGGUAGUGAAGCGCAUGACGGCACCACAGAUUACUCGGCCUGCGGUGAACGCCCCGUUGGAGGUAACUAGGGACGACAUCGCUGUAGGCCACGAUCUCUGGGUUGAAAAAUACCAACCGAAAAAAUACAUUGAACUGUUGUCGGAUGAAAGUACGAACCGCAGCUUGCUCUACUGGCUUAAGAUGUGGGACAAGGUUGUGUUUGGAAGAGAGUUCAACACCAUUAAAGCAGAUCAGAGUAAAUUGAACACAUUCAACAAGAAGACCGGCAGGUUUGAAUCAACUGGUGGUUGGAAGAAACGGUCGAAAAAUAUGUUAAAUACCGACAUUGAUGAACUCGGACGGCCGAUUCAAAAAAUUGCUUUGCUAUGUGGCCCACCUGGUCUUGGGAAGACUACACUAGCUCAUACGAUUGCUCGACAUGCUGGCUACAAUGUCCGCGAAAUAAAUGCUUCAGACGAUCGAAGUCCAGAAGCUUUCCGGCUUGCUCUGGAGAGUGGAACUCAGAUGACAUCCGUGUUGAAUCAAGAUAAACGUCCGAAUUGUAUAGUGCUGGAUGAGAUAGACGGAGCACCGCUGCAAUCUAUUGAAUUUCUCAUUAAGUUUUGUUCCGACAAUGUGAUCCAGAAAGGAAAGAAGGGAACAAAAACUAAAAAACAAAUUCUUAGGAGACCAAUUAUUUGCAUUUGCAACGAUUUAUACGUGCCUGCCUUGCGACAACUUCGUCAAAUAGCUUUCGUCGUGAAUUUCCCCCCUCUGGAAUCUUCACGCUUAGCAGAAAGAUUAUACGAAAUUGCAAACUGUGAACGUUUCAAAACUGAUAUGGCGUCGUUAUUAGCGUUAGCUGAAAAGUCUGGAAAUGAUGUUCGAUCCUGUCUGUCGAUGAUGCAAUUCUUUAGUGCGUCAAAAAAACGUCUGACUUUGCAAGAUGUCCUGAAUAGUAAUCUGGGACAAAAGGAUCGACAUAGAGGUCUCUUCGAUGUGUGGUCAGCAAUAUUUCAGAUUCAGCGACCGAAAAAACAAAUAACGGAAAUGAAAAUCAAUGAUAAGAGUUCACAAGUUAUAACCAUGACUGAUAUGUCGGCUGGAGUGAGGGUGCAAACAGUUCUAGAGGCAGUUCACAGUGGAGGAGAUUAUGAAAGGCUAAUGCAGGGUGUAUUUGAAAAUUACCUGGGCCAGAAAAUGCCCGACCCUAACUUAAGUGGCAUCGUCCAGGCGACGAAAUGGUUCUGCUUCUCAGAUCAGAUUCAUCGAACUAUCAAUCAACACCAAGAUUAUACAACGUACAUGUACUUACAGUUUGGUUUUGUUGCUUGGCACUUGCUCUUCGCUAGUUUGGCUUGGCCGAAAAUACAUUUUCCUAAUAAGGGAUUCGAGAUUCAUCAAAAAACCACAACACAGAGAAUGAUUUUCCACGCACUUCGUCGAGGAAUAUCACCAGGUGUCAUGGGCAUCGGGAGUGGCCACGCCAUUUUAUUAGAUACAGUGUCCUUAAUGAAGAGAGUGUUAUCGCCUAACUUGCGAUCUGUCUCCUUGCAGCUCCUGACGCCAAAAGAACGUUAUGACUUGACACACACUGUAGAAGCGAUGGCCGAUUUGGGGUUGGUAUUCACACAGACAAAAGUUGCGGAUGGGACAUAUCAAUAUCAACUAGAGCCAGAUUUGGAUGCCCUAUGUCAAUUUCCUGGUUACUUGGGCAUAACGUUGUCUUACUUCGGAAGACAACUAAUCGCUCGCGAAGUAGAACUUGAAAUAAUGAGACGGUCCGCACCGAAAGCGGAAAUGGCUAAAAAAUCAGAACCUUCGAAAAAAAUCGUGGAAAAGAAAAAGAAAGAGGAGACUUCUCCUCAAGGUCUUCCAAAUCACUUACAAACACUUAAGCCGAAAAUUCGUCGUGGUGCUAAUGUGAAAGAAACGGUGUCGAAGGACUUUUUCGGAAGAAUAACAACAAAGGAGACAACGCUAAGCGUGCAGGAAGGUGGUACAGACGUGAUUGUGAAGAGUCCUAUUUGGUAUAAGUAUAAGGAAGGGUUCAACAAUGCUGUUCGGAAAGAUAUCCUUAUAUCGGAUUUACUUUAGAUUAUAAUAAAUGUCAUUAUUUAUAAA